CUGGACAUUCUGAUUGGGAACCUGCCGGAGAUGGUGCAGUUCCAGGUGGAAUUCCUGAAGACUCUAGAAGACGGGACCAGACUGGUUCCAGACCUGGAGAAGCUGGAGAGAGUGGACCAAUUCAAGGUACAAAAUAACACCCAGCCUGGUACCAAAUAACAGCCUGCCUGGAACCAAAUAACACCCAGCCUGGUACCAAAUAACAGCCUGCCUGGAACCAAAUAACACCCAGCCUGGUACCAAAUAACACCCAGCCUGGUACCAAAUAACACCUAGCCUGGUACCAAAUAACACCCAGCCUAGUACCAAAUAACACCUAGCCUGGUACCAAAUAACACCCAGCCUAGUACCAAAUAACACCUAGCCUGGUACCAAAUAACACCCAGCCUGGUACCAAAUAACACCCAGCCUAGUACCAAAUAACACCUAGCCUGGUACCAAAUAACACCCAGCCUAGUACCAAAUAACACCUAGCCUGGUACCAAAUAACACCCAGCCUAGUACCAAAUAACACCUAGCCUGGUACCAAAUAACACCCAGCCUGGUACCAAAUAACACCCAGCCUGGUACCAAAUAACACCCUGCCUGGAACCAAAUAACACCCAGCCUGGUACCAAAUAACACCCAGCCUGGUACCAAAUAACACCCAGCCUGGUACCAAAUAACACCCAGCCUGGUACCAAAUAACACCCAGCCUGGUACCAAAUAACACCCAGCCUGGUACCAAAUAACACCCAGCCUGGAACGAGGACUUCAAUUGACUGUGGAACCUACAUCUGACAUUUUAACUGGCCGCCGCAACCAAAACACAUUGUGUAACCACGACUCUCCUCUCCUUCUCAGAAAAUCCUCUUCUCUCUAGGAGGUUCCUUCCUGUACUAUGCAGACCGUUUUAAGAUCUACAGUGCGUUCUGCGCCAGUCACACCAAAGUCCCCAAGGUGCUCGUAAAGGGUGAGUUAAACACAGUUAGUGUGUGUGUGUGUGUGCUUGUGUGUGUGCUUGUGUGUGUGCGUGUGUGUGUGCGUGUGUGUGUGUGUGCUUGUGUGUGUGUGUGCUUGUGUGUGUGUGUGCUUGUGUGUGUGUGUGUGUGUGUGUGUGUGUGUGUGUGUGUGUGCUUGUGUGUGUGUGUGUGUGUGCUUGUGUGUGUCCAAGCUGCUCAUAAAGGGUGUGUAUAUCACAGUUAAAACCUGAAGCAUUCCUCCCUGGCACCUCUGGUGUUUCCACUGACCCGACCUGCUCCACCCUGCACUACAGAGAUGGGCUGCCCCACAUGAUACAGAAAUAUCUCAUUUACAUAGGUAUUCACAGCCCUGAGUCAAUACAUGUUAAAAUCACCUUUGGCAGCGAUUACAGCUGUGUCUUUCUGGGUAAGUCUCUAAGAGCUUUCCACACCUGGAUUGUACAAUAUAAGACCAUUAUUAUUUUAAAAAUUCUUCAAGCUCUGUCAAAUUGGUUGUUGAUCAUUGCUAGACAACCAUUUUCAAGUCUUGCCAUAUAUUUUCAAGCAGAUUUAAUUAAGUCCAAACUGUAACUCGGCCACUCAGGAACAUUCACUAUUUUCUUGGUAAGCAACGCCAGUAUAGAUUUGGCCUUGUGUUUUAGGUUAUUGUCCUGCUGAAAGGUGAAUUCAUCUCCCAGUGUCUGUUGUAAAGCGUACUGAACCAGGUUUUCCUCUAGGAUUUUGCCUGUGCUUAGCUCCAUUCUGUUAAUUUUUUAUCCUGGAAAACUCCCCAGUCCUUAACGAUUACAAGCAUACCCAUAACAUGAUGCAGCCACCACUAUGCUUGAAAAUAUGGAGAGUGGUACUUAGUAAUGUGUUGUAUUGUAUUUGCCCCAAAACAUAACACCUUGUAUUCCUGACAAAAAGUUAAUUACUUUGCCACAUUUUUUGCUGUGUUACUUUAAUACCUUGUUGCAAACAGGAUACAUGUUUUGGAGUAUUUUUAUUCUGUACAGGCUUCCUUCUUUUCACUCUGUCAAUUAGGUUAGUAUUGUGGAGUAAAUACAAUGUUGUUGAUCCAUCCUCAGUUUUCUCCUAUCACAGCCAUUCAACUCUUAACUGUUUUAAAGUCACCAUCACGGUUUCCUCCCUCUCAGUGUUGAAUGACCUCUUCGUAGCUACAACGGAAUGUGUUUCUUAGGACAGUGUUGAAUGACCUCUUCAUAGCUACAACAGAAUGUGUUUCUUAGGACAGUGUUGAAUGACCUCUUCAUAGCUACAACGGAAUGUGUUUCUUAGGACAGUGUUGAAUGACCUCUUCAUAGCUACAAUGGAAUGUGUUUCUUAGGACAGUGUUGAAUGACCUCUUCAUAGCUACAAUGGAAUGUGUUUCUUAGGACAGUGUUGAAUGACCUCUUCAUAGCUACAACGGAAUGUGUUUCUUAGGACAGUGUUGAAUGACCUCUUCAUAGCUACAAUGGAAUGUGUUUCUUAGGACAGUGUUGAAUGACCUCUUCAUAGCUACAAUGGAAUGUGUUUCUUAGGACAGUGUUGAAUGACCUCUUCAUAGCUACAAUGGAAUGUGUUUCUUAGGACAGUGUUGAAUGACCUCUUCAUAGCUACAACGGAAUGUGUUUCUUAAAACAGUGUUGAAUGACCUCUUCAUAGCUACAACGGAAUGUGUUUCUUAGGACAGUGUUGCUCAACUCUGGUCCUUGACUACCCCCAAACUCUACCUCACACAUUAUUAUUGGAACCCCGGACAUACACACCUUAUUUAACUAUUCAAUGGCCAGAUGAUUUUCUAAAGAUCACUUAUUAGGAGCAGCAAACAUACUUUGGGUCCAGUUCCUGUGAAUAGGAGGAAGAGGCGUGACGUCUUCUGCAUUAUAAAAAAAUACAAUUGAUUGUAAAUCCAUUAAAAAAUAGAGUGAUGUUUCGGUCGUAGACCUUUAUCAGACAAACGUUUGGUUGUAUAUGACACUCCCCUUUACUCUGCUUCCAGCUAAGACAGAAGAGAAAGGGUUGUUCUUUAAUUACCUUUUAUUAACAGAUCACAUGGUAGCAGCAGACGGUCAAGGGGCUUCUUUAUGUUGGAUCUUAUUUAAUAGUCCAGCUCUUCUGAAACGUUUUGGAGGUUAUGUGUGUAAAACCUUCUCUCCUCCCCUCUCAUUGCGUCUAGCUAAGACCGAUGCAGACUUCAAGGCGUUUCUGGAAGAGAGGAACCCUAAACAGCAACACUCCUCAACCCUGGAGUCCUACCUGAUCAAACCGAUCCAGAGAGUCCUGAAGUACCCACUUCUACUGAGGGAGCUGUACUCACUGACUGACCCUGAGAGUGAAGAACACUAUCACCUGAAUGGUAAGGUGGGAGGGGGGAGGGAGGGAGGAGGGAGGAGGGAGGAGGGAGGGGGGAGGGGGGAGGAGGGAGGAGGGAGGGGGGGAGGGAGGGAGCUGUACUCACUGACUGACCCUGAGAGUGAAGAACACUAUCACCUGAAUGGUAAGGAGGGAGGGGGGAGGGAGGGAGGAGGGAGGGGGGAGGGAGGGAGGAGGGAGGGGGGAGGAGGGAGGAGGGAGGAGGGAGGGGGGGAGGAGGGAGGAGGGAGGAGGGAGGGGGGAGGAGGGAGGGGGGAGGGAGCUGUACUCACUGACUGAUCCUGACAGUGAAGAACACUAUCACCUGAAUGGGGAGGAGGGAGGGGUAUGUAUAUGUAUGUGUAUGUGUUUAUACAGUGGGGAGAACAAGUAUUUGAUACACUGCCGAUUUUGCAGGUUUUCCUACUUACAAAGCAUGUAGAGGUCUGUAAUUUUUUAUCAUAGGUACACUUCAACUGUGAGAGACGGAAUCUAAAACAAAAAUCUAGAAAAUCACAUUGUAUGAUUUUUAAGUAAUUAAUUUGCAUUUUAUUGCAUGACAUAAGUAUUUGAUCACCUACCAACCAGUAAGAAUUCCGUCUCUCACAGACCUGUUAGUUUUUCUUUAAGAAGCCCUCCUGUUCUCCACUCAUUACCUGUAUUAACUGCACCUGUUUGAACUCGUUACCUGUAUAAAAGACACCUGUCCACACACUCAAUCAAACAGACUCCAACCUCUCCACAAUGGCCAAGACCAGAGAGCUGUGUAAGGACAUCAGGGAUAAAAUUGUAGACCUGCACAAGGCUGGGAUGGGCUACAGGACAAUCGGCAAGCAGCUUGGUGAGAAGGCAACAACUGUUGGUGCAAUUAUUAGAAAAUGGAAGAAGUUCAAGAUGACGGUCAAUCAACCUCGGUCUGGGGCUCCAUGCAAGAUCUCACCUCGUGGGGCAUCAAUGAUCAUGAGGAAGGUGAGGGAUCAGCCCAGAACUACACGGCAGGACCUGGUCAAUGACCUGAAGAGAGCAGGGACCACAGUCUCAAAGAAAACCAUUAGUAACACACUACGCCGUCAUGGAUUAAAAUCCUGCAGCGCAUGUAAGGUCCCCCUGCUCAAGCCAGCGCAUGUCCAGGCCCGUCUGAAGUUUGCCAAUGACCAUCUGGAUGAUCCAGAGGAGGAAUGGGAGAAGGUCAUGUGGUCUGAUGAGACAAAAAUAGAGCUUUUUGGUCUAAACUCCACUCGCCGUGUUUGGAGGAAGAAGAAGGAUGAGUACAACCCCAAGAACACCAUCCCAACCGUGAAGCAUGGAGGUGGAAACAUAAUUCUUUGGGGAUGCUUUUCUGCAAAGGGGACAGGACGACUGCACCGUAUUGAGGGGAGGAUGGAUGGGGCCAUGUAUCGCGAGAUCUUGGCCAACAACCUCCUUCCCUCAGUAAGAGCAUUGAAGAUGGGUCGUGGCUAGGUCUUCCAGCAUGACAACGACCCAAAACACACAGCCAGGGCAACUAAGGAGUGGCUCCGUAAGAAGCAUCUCAAGGUCCUGGAGUGACCUAGCCAGUCUCCAGACCUGAACCCAAUAGAAAAUCUUUGGAGAGAGCUGAAAGUCCGUAUUGCCCAGCGACAGCCCCGAAACCUGAAGGAUCUGGAGAAGGUCUGUAUGGAGGAGUGGGCCAAAAUCCCUGCUCCAGUGUGUGCAAACCUGGUCAAGACCUACAGGAAACGUAUGAUCUCUGUAAUUGCAAACAAAGGUUUCUGUACCAAAUAUUAAGUUCUGCUUUUCUGAUGUAUCAAAUACUUAUGUCAUGCAAUAAAAUGCAAAUUAAUUACUUAAAAAUCAUACAAUGUGAUUUUCUGUAUUUUUGUUUUAGAUUCCGUCUCUCACAGUUGAAGUGUACCUAUGAUAAAAAUUACAGACCUCUACAUGCUUUGUAAGUAGGAAAACCUGCAAAAUCGGCAGUGUGUCAAAUACUUGUUCUCCCCACUGUAUGUGUGUAGGUAUGUGUAUGUAUGUGUAUGUGUAUAUACAGUGGGGAGAACAAGAUUUGAUCACAUUGUAUGAUUUUUAAGUAAUUCAUUUGCAUUUUAUUGCAUGACAUAAGUAUUUGAUACAUCAGAAAAGCAGAACUUAAUAUUUGGUACAGAAACCUUUGUUUGCAAUUACAGAGAUCAUACGUUUCCUGUAGGUCUUGAACAGGUUUGCACACACUGCAGCAGGGAUUUUGGCCCACUCCUCCAUACAGACCUUCUCCAGAUCCCUCAGGUUUCGGGGCUGUCGCUGGGCAAGUGUCCAAACACGGCGAGUGGAGUUUAGAUCAAAAAGCUCUAUAUUUGUCUAAUCAGACCACAUGACCUUCUCCCAUUCCUCCUCUGGAUCAUCCAGAUGGUCAUUGGCAAACUUCAGACGGGCCUGGACAUGCGCUGGCUUGAGCAGGGUGACCUUGCGAGCGCUGCAGGAUUUUAAUCCAUGACGGCAUAGUGUGUUACUAAUGGUUUUCUUUGAGACUGUGGUCCCAGCUCUCUUCAGGUCAUUGACCAGGUCCUGCCAUGUAGUUCUGGGCUGAUCCCUCACCUUCCUCAUGAUCAUUGAUGCCCCACGAGGUGAGAUCUUGCAUGGAGCCCCAGACCGAGGGUGAUUGACCGUCAUCUUGAACUUCUUCCAUUUUCUAAUAAUUGCGCCAACAGUUGUUGCCUUCUCACCAAGCUGCUUGCCUAUUGUCCUGUAGCCCAUCCCAGCCUUGUGCAGGUCUACAAUUUUAUCCCUGAUGUCCGUACACAGCUCUCUGGUCUUGGCCAUUGUGGAGAAGUUGGAGUCUGUUUGAUUGAGUGUGUGGACAGGUGUCUUUUAUACAGGUAACGAGUUCAAACAGGUGCAGUUAAUACAGGUAAUGAGUGGAGAACAGGAGGGCUUCUUAAAGAAAAACUAACAGGUCUGUGAGAGCCGGAAUUCUUACUGGUUGGUAGGUGAUCAAAUACUUAUGUCAUGCAAUAAAAUGCAAAUUAAUUUCUUAAAAAUCAUACAAUGUGAUUUUCUAGAUUUUUGUUUUAGAUUCCGUCUCUCACAGUUGAAGUGUACCUAUGAUAUAUAUAUAAAACAUGGGGGAUUGGAAGUGAUGCAGACAAUUACAUUGAUGGAAGUUACAAUCUAUCUGCAAUAUUAAAGCUGAUCUACCCCCCCCAAAUUUUUUUUUUUUUUUAAAUAUAUUUUGUGUGAAUGGGAUUAGGGUUAUUAGGGUUAUUAGGGUUAUUAGGGUUGUUAGGGUUAUUAGGGUUAUUAGGGUUGUUAGGGUUAUUAGGGUUGUUAGGGUUAUUAGGGUUAUUAGGGUUAGUAUAAUUAUGAUCCUCUUGUCUUCUCUCUGCAUCCUGUCCAGUUGCUAUGAAGGCCAUGAACAAGGUGGCCAGUCACAUCAAUGAGAUGCAGAAGAUCCACGAGGAGUUUGGGUUGGUGUUUGACCAGCUCAUAGCGGAACAGAGUGGAGACAAGAAAGAGGUGCGGUUGUUGUUGGAAGUCUCCUCAUGUUCUCCAGGUGUGUCUGUGGUGUCCAGUGGCUGUGUGGCUCAAAUUACACCCCAACACACUGUACUUCUUUAGAAAAUUGCCAUGGCUCUGGUCUAAGGAAGUGCACUAUAUAAGGGAAUAGGGGGUGUCGUUUGAGAAUUUCUCAGAGUAUGUUGAGGGAUUGCAUUGCUGUAACAUUGGUGUGUUGUUAAUGUAACAUUAUUGUGUUGUAACAUGGUUGUGUUGUGUGUUCUAGGUUGCUGAUCUGUCGAUGGGUGACUUGCUGCUACACACCAGCGUAGCCUGGAUCAACCCUCCCUCCUCCCUGGGCAAAUGGAAGAAAGACCCCCAACUGGCUGCAUUCAGUACGUUAUAAGGACAAGACGUAGUGUGCAUCCGAUAUGGCCUUCUCAGAACCAUGCAGAUAAUGUGGUUCUAGUUGUCUAGAACAGGACAAAGCUACUUAGAACCUUCUCUAGAUCCCUCUUAAGCUGGCUGUCUGUUACAUAAGGAUACAUGUACCACUCUGUCUAAUGACAGACGUAGUGUCCCAAAUGGCACCCUUAUUCCAUAUAUAGUGCACUACUUUUGACCACAGCCCAUUUGGGACUGAGCGCAAGCCUGCUCACUCAAUUAACAUAAUACUAUAUUAUGGUAGCUUAUUCAUGUAUUUGAAAAAGUAUUACUCAAACACUGAAAUCUUUCUGCUAACCCUUUCAUCACCCUCUUCAUGGUUCAGUCUUCAGAACAGCCGUGGUGUUUGUGUGUAAGGAUGGCUCCAAGCAGAAGAAGAAAAUGGUGAGUUCCAUCUCUUAAUACAACCCACGUUCAACCAUGGUUUCUGUGAAUCCUACCAGUCUUAAUACAACCCACGUUCAACCAUGGUUUCUGUGAAUCCUACCAGUCUUAAUACAACCCACGUUCAACCAUGGUUUCUGUGAAUCCUACCAGUCUUAAUACAACCCACGUUCAACCAUGGUUUCUGUGAAUCCUACCAGUGAUAUUCCAUUCCCAUCAAGUGGUUCUAAUAUAUUUGGUUUUGUUGAAGCAACACUUCCAUAACUAGUCCAGUGGGACAGUGGUACCUUCCAUAACUAGUCCAGUGGGACAGUGGUACCUUCCAUAACUAGUCCAGUGGGACAGUGGUACCUUCCAUAACUAGUCCAGUGGGACAGUGGUACCUUCCAUAACUAGUCCAGUGGGACAGUGGUACCUUCCAUAACUAGUCCUGCGGGUCAGUGGUACCUUCCAUAACUAGUCCAGUGGGACAGUGGUACCUUCCAUAACUAGUCCUGCGGGUCAGUGGUACCAGCUGAUGUAUUUUAAAACGCAUAUCACACAGCCAUCUAAACCAACCUGCAGCUCACAUGACAAAAAUGUACUAAAAUUGUCACACCCCUGUAACUUAUAAACUUAGAAAGGCUUUAUAGAGCAUUCAUAAAGUCUUCAUAAGCACUACAUAGAUGCUUUGGCAAUCAUUUAUGCGUCUGUUUGGGUUCGUAUCUAAGGUCUAUCUGUGUGUCUCUCAGGGUGGCUCCCAUCGAGUGUCGUCAGUCUCGUCUGAAGACAAGGACCCAUUCCGCUUCCGUCACAUGAUCUCCACAGACACCCUCCAAGUCCGAGCCCUCAAUAACCAAGGUACAGUUCAGUGUAAUAUUGAGUCCUCAAUAACCAAGGUACAGUUCAAUAUAGAGCCCUCAAUAACCAAGGUACAGUUCAAUAUUGAGUCCUCAAUAACCAAGGUACAGUUUAAUAUAGAGCCCUCAAUAACCAAGGUACAGUUCAAUAUAGAGCCCUCAAUAACCAAGGUACAGUUUAAUAUAGAGCCCUCAAUAACCAAGGUACAGUUCAAUAUAGAGCCCUCAAUAACCAAGGUACAGUUCAAUAUAGAGCCCUCAAUAACCAAGGUACAGUUCAAUGUAGAGCCCUCAAUAACCAAGGUACAGUUCAAUUCAAUAUAGAGCCCUCAAUAACCAAGGUAGAGUUCAAUAUAGAGCCCUCAAUAACCAAGGUACAGUUCAAUUCAAUAUAGAGUCCUCAAUAACCAAGGUACAGUUCAAUGUAGAGCCCUCAAUAACCAAGGUACAGUUCAAUAUAGAGCCCUCAAUAACCAAGGUACAGUUCAAUUCAAUAUAGAGUCCUCAAUAACCAAGGUACAGUUCAAUGUAGAGCCCUCAAUAACCAAGGUACAGUUCAAUAUAGAGCCCUCAAUAACCAAGGUAAAGUACACUCAACCAUGCUGAUGAAUCCUGUUACAGUUUAUUAAUGCAUUAUUUGAGUCAUUUGGCACACACUUAAGACUCAACCAUUCCUGUAUUGACUUUGUAAUUCUCUGUCUGAAUAGACAUUAUGUUCUUUGUAAUGUUCUUCUCUUUCUGAAUAGACAUGAUAUUCUUUGUAAUGUUCUUCUCUUUCUGAAUAGACAUGAUGUUCUUUGUAAUGUUCUUCUCUUUCUGAAUAGACAUGAUGUUCUUUGUAAUGUUAUUCUCUUUCUGAAUAGACAUGAUGUUCUUUGUAAUGUUCUUCUCUUUCUGAAUAGACAUGAUGUUCUUUGUAAUGUUCUUCUCUUUCUGAAUAGACAUGAUGUUCUUUGUAAUGUUCUUCUCUUUCUGAAUAGACAUGAUGUUCUUUGUAAUGUUAUUCUCUUUCUGAAUAGACAUGAUGUUCUUUGUAAUGUUCUUCUCUGACACGAUGGAGUGAGAUAAAGAUAGUCAGUGACUACAAAUGAGUUGUUCUGUUCUGUACGUGAGGUCAUAACUCUGUGUGUUCCAUGCAGAUGGAGAGGGCUCUGCCGUGUGUGAGAUCGUCCACGUCAAGUCCGAGUCAGAAGGACGGCCGGAGAGGACAUUCCACCUGUGCUGCAGGUGAGCGUCCUCAUCCAACUGAUGGCAUGUCCGUCAGUCCUGACCGAAGGCAACAAUGACGUUAAGUCACUGAUUUAUUUUGGAAACACCCUCAAUAGCUUUUAAUCGUUUUCAUUUUAAAUAUAUUUUCUUCAUAUUUAAUUCAUUAAUAUAGCUCCUUUCCAGAUGCCGAAAGCGCUAUUAGAAGGGAAACUCCUUGAUGCUGAUUAAUGCUGUGGCUGUAGGCCUAUAUAUGUCUUAACGAUCUGAGAAUGUUUUAAUUAUCCUACCAAUUAAAUAAAUCAAAUCAAAUGUUAUUUGUCACAUGCGCAGAUAAGAGCGUCUGCUAAAUGACAAAAAAUAAAAAAAAUAAAAAAAUAUGUGCGGGGGUACAGGUUAGUUAAGGUAAUUUGUACAUGUAGGUGGGGGGGGGGUCAAUGUAAAUAGUCUGGGUGGCCAUUUGCGUAAUUGUUCAGCUGUCUUAUGGCUUGGGGGUAGAAGCUGUUAAGAAGCCUUUUGGACCUAGACUUGGCGCUCCGGUACCGUUUGCCGUGCGGUAGCAGAGAGAACAGUCUAUGACUUGGGUGACUGGAGUCUUUGACAAUUCUUUGGGCCUUCAUCUGACACCGCCUGGUAUAUAGGUCCUGGAUGGCAGGAAGCUUGGCCCCAGUGAUGUACUGGGCCAUACGCACUACCCUCUGUAGUGCCUUACGGUCAGAUGCCGAGCAGUUGCCAUACCAGGCGGUGAUGCAACCGGUCAAGAUUCUCUCGAUGGUGCAGCUGUAGAACUUUUUGAGGAUCUCGGGACCCAUGCCAAAUCUUUUUUCAAAUCUCUCUCUCGUCCAGUUCUGUGGACAGUAAGAAGGACUUCCUGAAGGCAGUCCACUCCAUCCUAAGAGAUAAACAACGACGUCAACUGAUGAAGACAGAGUCUCUACCUCCCAACCAGCAGUAUGUCCCCUUCGGAGGCAAACGCCUCUGUGCCCUGAAGGGAGCCAGACCUGCCAUGAACAGAACAGGUGGGGUGAGAUGGGGGGCGUGUGUGUGCUUGUGUGAUUAAAGCAGGUAAACGCUAACAACUAGCUUACGCUGUGUAUAUGUUAUAUCUCAUCUAUUGUUGUUGAAGCAAGGUUGUUAUCUAAUCAAUUCAUCCCACUGGAACCAUGAUGUCUGUUUCUCUUCCCUCUGCAGUGUCAGACCCGGCGCGGACCCUGGGCCGGAGGAAGCUGGUGCGGAACCGUUUCACCAUCGACACAGACAUUGUCUUCGACGGCGAGCCAGACCAGGAGUCCCCACUGUCCCCUGAAGAGCCUGAGGGACAGGGACAAAGGGAAGGACAGGGAAAGGAACAGGGGGAGGUGCAGGCUACAGACCAGGGGGAGGUGCAGGCAGGGGAUACAGACCGCUGGGUGGAGGAGCAGUUUGACCUGGAAUGCUACGAGGAGGAGCAGGCGGCGCAGAAGGAGACGCAGGUGGAAGGAGGAGGUGACGUUAAAGAAACAGACAUCCUUAGUGAUGAUGAUGAUUUCUGCCAGUCUGUCAGAGGACCAUCCACUGAAUCACCGUCCAACACAGACCUAGAGGGGCCUGUAGGGGGCCUGUCCCUGGGAGAGGAAGGCCAAGAGGGGGGCCAUAAACACCACCAGCCCCAGGGAGCCACGGGGACCACCACCCCAGGGAUGAGACUUUCCCACCUGGGGAAGCAGUGUGUCCUGGCUGGGAUGAGCGUGGAUGACCAGCGGGCUGAGGACAUCUGGGUACGCAGGGAGAACUGUCCCCUGGACGUUGAUGCUGUGACACAACAGAGCUAGACUAGAAGACCGGCAGACAGUUACAGACAGUGUGUCUCACCACUCAGACAGAGAGCUUUACAUGAGUUACAAAUGGCACCCUUUUCCCUAUUUAGUGCACUUCUUUUGACCAGGGCCCAUAGGGAGCAUACCAUAGCGGAGCGCCAAGUAGUGCACUAUAUAGGGAAUAGGGUGCCAAUUGGGACGCAAACAUGAGCUUCAAGACGAGACGAUCAGUGAACUUUCAAUCAAUCAAUCCACACCCAUCAAGAACACAUGUGCAUAGACAUGCAUGGCACAGCUACUUCAAGCUACUACAUCGCCUCCUUGUCAGUGUGCUUGAAUGCAUUGUUUUGUACAGUGUACAGAUAGACUGGUGAACCUCAAACCGAAGCCCUCUAAUGGGAGCAAUACUGGAAUACAGGGAGAGGAGGGAUCUUAUCCAAUAAACCAAUCAUACGGCGACAUGGAGGGGGUCUAA